GCAAACUCAGAGAGAGAGGGAGAUGCUGAUAAAGAGAGAGGAGGCCAUGGGAGAGGAUGUUGCUGAAAUGACGAAAACGCCCUUGAAGCCUCACUUUGUGCUGAUACAUGGGAUCAGUGGAGGAGGGUGGUGCUGGUAUAAAAUCAGAUGUCUCAUGGAGAAUUCCGGCUACAGAGUGUCGUGCGUUGACCUCAAAAGUGCCGGAAUCGAUCGAUCCGAUGCCAACACAGUUCUUUCUUUUGAAGACUACAAUAAGCCACUCAUGGACUUCAUGUCUGCCUUGCCUGAGGAAGAACAGGUAAUAUUGGUGGGGCACAGUGCAGGAGGACUGAGUGUAACUGAGGCAACUCACAAGUACGGGAAGAAGAUCAGCUUGGCAAUUUAUGUUGCAGCCACCAUGCUUAAAUCCGGGUACCGGACUGACCAAGAUCUCAAAGACGGAGUGCCAGAUUUAUCUGAAUUUGGUGAUGUGUAUGACUUUGAAUUUGGAUCCGGACCUGAUCAUCCACCAACCAGUCUUGUUGUCAAGAAAGAAUUUCAACGAAAAAUCAUUUAUCACAUGACCCCUCAAGAGGAUUCAACAUUAGCUGGAAUGCUUCUAAGGCCAGGACCCAUUCAAGCAUUACAAUCAGCUCGAUUCAGUGAGGGUGAUGACGUGGAUAAGGUGCCACGUGUAUACAUCAGAACGAUGUAUGAUAGAGUGGUGAAACCAGAGCAGCAAGAUUCAAUGAUAAAGAGGUGGCCUCCAUCCCGUGUGUAUGUUUUGGAAAGUGAUCACAGCCCUUUUUUCUCCACCCCUUUUUUGCUCUUUGGCUUCCUUGUUAAGGCUGCAACUUUCAUAGGAUGCAACUAGGGACCUUAGCACCCACAUUUUUUUAAAUAAAUUUGCAAUUUGUUCUCUCUUAAUGAAAUGUGCUUGUUGACA